AUGAGAUGGCAUGUAGAGGGCCGUGUUGAAGAUCCUACAUGCAUGCGACAUCCUUCAGAUUCUAGGGUUUGGAAGGACUUUGAUAACAAACAUGAGAGGUUUUCUGAAGAUCCGAGAAAUGUUAGACUUGGUUUGGCAAGUGAUGGGUUUAACCCAUUCAAUAACAUGAGUAGGCCGGUACUUCUUGUGCCUUACAACUUGCCGCCUUGGGCAUGCAUGAAAGAUCCAUACACUAUGUUAUCGUUGCUAAUCCCUGGCCCAAAGUCACCAGGUAAUGAUAUUGAUGUGUUCUUGCGUCCUCUCCUUGAAGAGUUGAAGGAGUUAUGGGUAGAUGGUAUUCGUACCUAUCAUGCAUACAGCGGGCAAGACUUUACGUUGCAUGCAGCUCUACUUUGGACUAUCAAUGACUUCCCCGCAUAUGCCAAUCUUUCCGGUUGGAGCACGAAGGAUCACAUUUGGAGACGCAAGAAAAAUGUGUUUAAUGGGUAUGACGAGCACCAACUCCAACCAUCAAGGGUCGAGGGAGAGGAAUUGCUAGAACAAUUAAGUCAGGUGUCACAUUUUCAGUUUGGUAAAUCUUCUUCGAAGAGGAAACGAACGGCCAAUCAUCUUAACUGGACCAACAAAUCCAUAUUUUUUGAGCUUCCCUACUGGUUAUCCUUGGGUUUGAGACAUAACCUGGACGUAAUGCAUAUUGAAAAAAACAUAUGCGAUAAUGUGUUGGGAACUUUGUUGAACAUUGAAGGGAAAACUAAGGACUCUGCCAAUGCGCGUAGGGAUUUGGCAAAUCUUGGAAUAAGAAAAGAAUUGCAUUUACAACAUGAUGGCCGGUGUGUCAAUGCUAGUGAGGGAAAGAUCAGUGGAAUGAAGAGCCAUGACUGUCAUGUCUUUAUGCAACAACUAUUGCCAGUUGUUAUAGAAACUAAAUAUCAUCGAGAGGAACGCAAUACUAAUGUACCCAUUGAUGGGCCUGAGUCAGGAAAUGCUGCAAGUUUAUCUAUUUUCUCCCAAAAGGUUAGGCCAUUGGGGACUGUGUACUCACAUAAAUUAGCCGACACACUAAUGGUCAAGGCCCGAUGGGAUCACUAUAACAAGAUGAAAGAAGAGGACCCUCAUAACAUCGACCGUAGGCACCAAAGUCAAUUUCACGCUUGGUUUAGAGCACGCAUUCGAGAGAAACGUGCAGUGGCUCUAACGACAAUUUCUGAUGAGUUAUAUGCAUUAGCAUGUGGACCAGAACCGAUGGUCGCAUCUUAUGCAGGAUGCAUAAUGAAUGGUGUUCGAUUUCAUACUAAGGAGCGGGAAAGGCAUUGCCGCACUCAGAACUGCGGGGUGGUGGUUCAUGGAGAGCAUCAGGGAUCCCCUUGUGACUUUCAUGGUGUUCUAAAUGAUAUAAUAGAAAUACGCUACAUGGGUUGGCGCAAGGUUUAUCUAUUUCAAUGCACUUGGUAUGACGUUGGUGACCCGAGAAGGGGGAUACGUGUCAGGGACCACUUAACCAUAGUGAAUACGGAUAGGCAAUGGUAUAAAGAUGAGCCCUUAGCACUUGUGUGCCAAGAAACGCAAGUAUUUUACUUGUCCGAUCCGAUCUUGGGAGGAAGUUGGAAUGUCGUGCAAAAGGUUACAAGUAGGAAUGUUUAUAACAUUCGCACAAUGGCCCAAGUUGAGGAGAUGCUGGAUGAUGCUGAGUCAUCAGGGGAUGACCUUGAUGUCGAUGAGGGGGGGGGGGGGGGGAAUUUGAACAACUAUCCCCCUAGUCUUGCUGUCGAUGAAGCCAUGCCCGAACCACUUAUCCGAGUCGAUGAGGAGCAUUUGGUCGUUGCUCCAACCCCCAUCUCACCUCGUGGCCCGGCCCAACCAGUUGACGAUGAAGCAACACUGGACGACAUAGGUUCCAAUGAUAACUCUGAUAACGACACCACCCAUCAGCCAAUUGGGGAGACUGAUGAUGAUGAUGGUAAUGUAGAUAUGUGCUGUGAUUUUGUAACCUUUAAGUUGAAAAGCUGA